AAUGAAGGUCUCUGGUACAUUUUUAAAAGCGAAUUUGCUUAGACCUACAGUAUACAUUGAUAGAUCACCCUCACACUGGGUGUUGCUCAUGGGGGGGCAUUUUCUCCAGUUGUGUCCCCAACCUGGUAGCAAUGCCUUCACCUCACACACUCACCUAAUCUUGGAACCAUUUCAACGAAGAAAUCGUUCGCAACCUUUAAUUGUUAAUCACACUAAAAGGACGUGAAAGGGGCGGUUGUUAGAUUGAGAUGAUUAUUAUUAUUUUUUUUACAAAUCCCGGCACAGCAACACACGUUGUUGUUUUUUUUCUUUUUGCCUUUCCGUUUUAUUUUUGUCGAUCACAGUUCGAAAUUCGAAAGAAAUAGGCUAUUUUGUCAAAAGCAACAGGCCGCUAGUCUGUUUUAUUCUGAAUUGGCGGUGCGCGUCCUGCGCUCAGAUUACGGGCAUCAUUCGCUCAAUCGCCGUGUAUCGGAUGGGGCUGUGGCAGCAACCGGUUCCCCAUUAAAGCAGCGCCUACAAAGCAGAACCGAGAGGGUUAAAGCCCUGGGCUGUUGUGAUUGGAUUAGGUGACGGGCUUAGAGAGUGAGCGCAGGAGAGCCACACCGACCGACCAGAUGGGAGCAGCGCUCGGAUCGAUCUGGUGUCUGCCCGGAAGAGAAAGCAGGAACCAGGUCAAAUCGAUUGAACGUGAGAAUUCGUGCUCAGAUCUGAAGAGGUGACGUUUGCAUGCGUGGAGAAAAUAAGAUGACUACAUGGACAUCCAGAGGAUUCCCGACGCCUGAGCCCGACUGGGAGCCUGUGGAGCAGUUCAGCUCUUUCCGCUUGCGGUGAGUAAGGGUGCUGUCACUGACAAGCUGGGCAGACGCCUGUCUUCUACGGCGUUAUCAGCCUCAGCCCUCCCUGAAAACAAAGCGAUGAGGACGCUACUAGCCGUCUGUUGUUUGUUCUCGGUAACCGGAGGCACGGACCUGGCCGACGAGGGCUACGGCAACUGGACAGCGCAGGUGGACGACGGCCAACGGAGGUACAUCAACAUCGGGGAUGGGGCUUCCCGUGAAUUCGACUUCCCCGAGAACACCAAGGGGGUGAUCGUGAUAUCCAGCCGGUACAGGAGCGCUCCCAGGAAGGGCGGCGAGAGCUGGAGGCAGACGGUGAAUGUGAAGUCCCUGGACACCGAUGUUUUAACCAUUUUAAACGUGAGCGACAGCGGGAGUGUUGGGCCGGUGAAAAGUUACGUGAUCAGUAUUAGAUCCGGUCUCGCCGGGACGGCCCCGUUACUAAUCCAGCUGGUGGGGCUGGACAAGGACUCCAAUCGGGAGAUUAUAGAAGAGAGAAAGGAUUAUAUUAUCAGGGUGGCUCCCAGCGAUGACGCGGUGCUGAUGAACCCCGGCGGGCUGUCUCACUUUUCCGAAAACCCCGUGCUCUUCGCCCUCCUGCCUCUGAUUUUCAUCAACAAAUGCGCCUUCGGCUGCAAGGUUGAGAUCGACGUGCUCCGAGGGCUGCUCCGGCAGCCCCACGCGGUCCUGCUGGGGAUAGCCGGGCAGUUUGUGGUGAUGCCCCUGUACGCCUACGCCCUGUCCCGGCUGGCGGCUCUACCUAAGGCCCUGUCCCUGGGGCUGGUGAUCACUUGUUCUGCGCCCGGGGGAGGAGGGGGCUACCUCUACAGCCUGCUGCUGGGCGGGGACGUGACCCUCGCCAUCUCCAUGACGCUGAUCUCCACCGUGGUGGCCACCGGCAUGAUGCCCCUCUCCUCCACCAUCUACGGGCGCCUGCUGAACGUGCACGAAACGCUGCAUGUGCCCUUCGUCAAAAUCCUCAUCACUCUGCUCUUCAUCGCCAUCCCCAUCUCCACGGGCAUGGCCAUCAAGUGCAAACUCCCCAGCGUCUCCCGGGUCCUGCUCGGGUUCAUCCGCCCCUUCAGCUUCAUCCUGAUCGUCGGGGGCAUUUUCAUGGCGUACCAGAUGGGCUCCUCCAUACUCGCCAACGUCCGGCCGCAGAUCAUCGCGGUCGGGGUGACAGUGCCACUUUUCGGGCUGGUCUUGGGUUACCUGCUGGCGUCCGUUUGCAGGCUGUCGCUGCCCCACCGGAAGACGGUCAGCAUCGAGAUUGGCGUGCAGAACAGCCUCCUGGCGCUGGCCGUCAUGCAGCUGUCCUUCCGCCGCACGGAAGCGGAUUUCGCCUCCCAAGCGCCCUUCAUCGUGGCUCUGAGCAGCACCUCGGAAAUGCUGCUCGUUGUGGUCGUUCACUGCGUCUACAGGAAACUCGGCCCCAGCUCCCAGACGGACGUGUGAUUGUACGGACGUUUUGUAUACGCUCGACUAAGAAAACCGAUUGUCUUGAAACCAAAGGCCUUUUGUUUUUUUACUGUAGCCUACGCGAUCAUAUGCACUAUGAGAGAGAAACUUCUAACAUAUUUUUCUACCUGACGAUUUAUUCUGUUUCUUUUGUAAUUGAAAAUGUUGUGCUGUGAUUUAUAUAAUGUUUACAACCCACGGGAGGUGCAGGAAAGCGAACACUGGUUUCGGCGCAGAGAGUAUUUUAAAUAUACUUCAAUGUACUUGAAUCCAAGAGGAGAGAUGAAUAAAUGCGUUCGUUAGUCAAUGAGUCAACGGGGUGAUUUUUCGCUGGGGUCGUGAAAAUGCAGAGUUCAAAUGGGGGGGAACAAGAUUAAGAAGGUAAUUCAAUCCGAGUUGGCUUGUUAUUCACCACCAUCAGGUAAUGAGAAAUAUAUUUUUGCGUUGUUUUCUCUGUGUUUACGGAGGUCUGGGUGUUGGUUUGUACAGGCAUUACAACAGUUAGAAAAGUACAAAGGUCUUGUGACCUUAAGAGCAGGUUUUGGAUUAACACUUUAGCGCCUAGUUUUGCUGUUCAGGUUAGAAUAGCUAAGAGGAGGGUAGGUUUGAGAUAUGUGGAGCCUGUUGACUGUUUCUUCAGUAGUGCUAAGAGACAAUGUGCUGUUUUGAAAAGGUUCCCCCCAUGCACAGUAUAAAAAAUGGCCUUAAACAGUCACUGGGAACUGAAUUCCCCCUGCCUCUCCACAGUCCUGCUCUCACAAUGGUGAGCUCGUUUGCUGGCUAGAAUGCUCAGUUUUGAGGUCCCAAUGUGACAGACGAACAGUACCACCGAGAGGUUUGGAAAUGCCAUAUACAACGAGAGUGGAAGACGGAACAAUAAGGUCAAUUCUAGUUUAUUGUCUAGAACUGUCUAGUAUCUAUUGUCUGUUGUCUAAUAUCUUGGCAUCCUGUAACUGAUACCACCUAUUUCCAACAGUAACUGACAUUCAAGAGGUAGCUAUGUACUGUAAUUGGUGUCUGCCAUUUUACACGUGUACAAGGUACCAGGUCAUAUCAAUUGGCCUUUUACAUUUUCUGGUUACUGUGAAACUUCCAGGUAUACACGUAUCUUCUCUUGCAGAGAGACUAGAGCCAAUAUUGUUGUUUUCGUCCUCCUGCAAGAUCCCAGGAAUACUGAUUAUCGUCAGACACCUGAAUUGUUUAUUGACUCCUCUUUAAAACUAUUACAGGUGUUGAUGAGCUGAAUCUGUCCUCCUGCGUAGCUGGGGAGAGUCCAAUCAAGUGCAUUUGGUUUGCUGUUUACAUUGUGGGAAAGACUGCCCUUUAAAACCUUUACAGUGAUUAAAAUAAGGUGUUCAAAGAGAACCCCACAUAUUUCAAUUUAUAAUUACCUCAUGCUGGUUUAUCAAACAACAAGUACAUUCUCUUCAGUUGCACUACUGACCUCGUUAAAGGAAGAAGUAUUGACCUGCUACCACAUUUUUAGGAUAUCCUCGUCUAGUGUACAGAAGAGUAAUUAUUCAGGGAUGCAAGAAUGUAGUGACUUACAGUGAAGAGCUUUACGGUUUCCCCAUGUCUCUUAGUAAAUGGUGUUUCCAAUCUUCCAGACAGUACUACAGUUCUGCCUGUUUGCUCUGGAUAUUCUCAUUUUUCGAGCAACCAAAGCCUCUGCUCUGUCUCCAUGUACUGAUAUCCCAGUGCCAGAGACCGCAAGUCUGUAUCUGCUCAUUUGCAGGAACAGAUCACACAGAGGCCACACCUAGGAGGGCAAAGUCCAGCUCGCUCCCUCUGUGCUGAAGGAAGGGAAUGCAAGGUUUUAUGUUCGGCAGUUGUUGUCAGCCAGGUGUGUCUGAAAAAGCUCUCAUUUAGAUGGUCCCCGCGUGCUUCAUUUCUGAGGGAACUCGGGUUCACGCACUGUUAGAUGCAUUCCUGGGGGUGAAUCAAGAACAGUGUUGCGUAGAAGUCGGAUCCAUUUUGGGUUAUGCAAAUUCUGAUUAAUAAGAAAAGCGAUGCAUUUCAGAAGGUCAGGUGUCCGGUCAGAUUUCCACUGCUUAGGCUAUAAAGCAUGAUGUAGUCCAGGAACUGGUGUUGGUUAAUAUAAUCUCAAAAGCAGUAGAUUGCAGAACAGGAAGUGAAUCAAACAUGAAAUGAAGCAGUGUACUGUAGGUCACCUGAAUCCAACCAAUUUCUAUUACAAAGCCAUGAAAAGAAGUUCAGUUCUGGGAUGAGUGCUCUUAAGCCAAUGAUGGCCAUGUUCAGUUAUUUAGGUCUGCAUGUAUUCUGGGAGCCUGGAGCUUCUUAGCAGAUGCUUUUUGUAAUUAUGUGAACUGCUGCCAAACUAACCUGCUGCAAUGAGAAUGUUAAAACACUGGCCUUGUUUGCAAGUACUUUUUUAAAAAAAAUAGGCGAUCAACCUGUGUUAAGACAUAUUUAGCCCUAGAGCAUCUGUAGGAGUUUUUUGGUUCCAUGCCACAAUAAAACAGAUUCUUAGUAGUUGCAAAACUACUAAUGUUUUUAGUUUCAUAUCUGG